CGCGAGAUCACGGGUGUUUACGCUGGGAAUAAUAACAUCCUUGCAACGCAGGCCCUUAAGGUGAACGGCAUCAAUUUCAGUACGGCGAAACAGAACCAGCUCUGCUCAUCUGGGACAUCUACAACCAACCAACCAUCUCGAAUGGUGUGAUGAUCGGCUGAGCAGGACUUUCGGUUAUACUGCGGCGUCCGGUUGACCUCGUCGUGCCUGCUAUUAGCGAUAAUCCAUCCUUUCUCCUGCUUCACUAUUUACAUUUCGUCACGGCUACUGCCGAUAUCUUACCCUACCCCUUCUCUGGCACAAUUACCAUGUUGGCGACUAUAAAACGUUUCCUUCUCUGGACUAUCUCUUGAUGACAUCAAGAUCCCAAGCCCAAUCCACGACUGCGCCGACGAUCCAAUGUGCUUGCAACGACCCGUCGUCUGUUUAUGAAGCAGCCUUCUCACCGCGACCAUGGCCCGUACAACGCAGGCUGCGCUACAUCUGCAGAAGGGUAAGGCUCUCUUCAAGUCAGACAGUCUGGUGGAAGCUCAUCGUGAGUUCAUUCGCGCUGUCAGGGCUUGCCCUGUCUGCAGAUCGAGCAAAGGAGAUAAGCUCUGCGAUUGCAAGAAUCUGCUGCAGGCCCUCGAGAAUGACACCCUGAAAGAGGAGAUCAAGAAGCCUUGCUCUCACCCCGAGUCCAACCAAAGAUGUUCCGAAAAGGACCACAUGGAGGCGCUAAACUACCUAGUUGCCAUCUAUUCGAGUCACAAAAAGCUCAAGGACGCCCAAGUCUACGCUCAGAAGAUGAUUUUGAUUGCCCCGCGCGAGCCCCUAGGCUAUCUACGCCUUGGCAAGUGUCUUCGACUCGCCAACAAGCACGAAGCCGCGUUGGCCCUGUACAACCAGGGUUCUGAGCUUGUGGAGCGCAAGCAACCCAAACAUCCGCAGCUCUCGGUAAUGCGUGCUCAAGCCAAUGCUGUCAGCAAGUUCCUCUGGAAGGGUGACCCUCUCAAGGAAUUCCCCAGAGAGCUUGUGGUGAUGACGCUUAAAUCCUUCAAGACCAGAGACCUUGCCCGAUGUCUUCGAGUUUCCAAGCAGUGGAAGAGCUUUUUGGAAGGCGACGCAGCCAGAUCCUUAUGGACUGUCCUGCACUUUCAACACCAUAUGACCACCGCCCCCAUUCGAUCACGCCUAUCUGUCUCGCAGAAAACCAUCGCCUAUUAUACGAAGAAACUGGCCCAGGGACAGGUCACGGCGCUUGAGAUCGAUGAUUGCCGGGCUUUUGAUCUUUCAUCCCGAAAACUGGAAACAAUAUUUCGUCACUGUCCUCAUCUGCAACAUCUCAAGUUGCGAGGAGUGCUGCGCAAGGAAGAUGAAUGGAUUGGCGACAUUCUUCAGAUCCCCAUGCCCAGUCUAAAGAGCCUAUAUCUCGGUGGUCGCGCGGCACUGCCGGGUUGGCUUUUGACCGGAUUACUGGCCGCAUCCUCCCAGACACUGGUCGAGCUCUCAAUCUUCUGUUUUCAUCAUCCGUACCAGCUAUCAAGCCCCCUCCUUUGGCCUUUGCUUCCUAAUUUGAAGACCCUACGACUUCAGGGCAUUAACCAGGAAUGCUGGAUAGACCUCGAUAUCAUGAUGCGAAGCAGCCCUGAUGUUCGUCAUCUGUGGAUCGACAACGCCACUCUGGCAAAGAUGGAUCCCUCCCCUAAACCCAACCCUGCACCUUGGCAAAACCUGGAGCAGUGCUUCAUUGGAGGCGACGUUACCUUUGGCCACAUUGACAUCCUUCCACCUUUGUCAUCCCACAUGACAGACCUGGUCGUGGAGAACAACCACAUCGAAAGAUACAAGGUGGAUCCGAAUACUUUCAAUCCUGCCGCCAUGAUUCCUCCGGGACUGUCGCCUCUGACCGCCGCCAACUUAAUAUCACAUAAAAUGGACGGGGGUUCUUUGCCCUAUCCGCCGAUGCUGAUGUUGCGGCGGUUGUGUCUGAAGAGCCUAAGAACGGCACUGAGUGGCCCCGACCUGAUCUCCCUGAUCCAGCCAUCCUUGCACAGCGGUACUCUUGAGGAGCUGAUCAUCCAUCCUUUCCCAUGGGAACUAAUGCGCACAGGGAAGGAGCUCGCGUGGCUAGCGAACGACUCAGUCCGCGUUCUCAGCGUGACAGGCCUAACGGGUGAUCCUAGUUACUCCUUCCACGAGCAAGACGACAUGAUUUUGCGUUUCGUCGAUCUAUUCAAAGGUCUCCACACCCUCGACAUUGGAAAGGAGACCAUCUCCGUCUCGACGAUUAAACAGUUUAUUUUGCACAAUGGAGUCAGGAGAAUAUACCAUCAGUGGGGGUGGGCGUACCGCGAGGCCCAGAAUGCACUCGAGGGUGCUGGAAUCAAGGUACGCACGGCCAGCAGCCGAAGUGCGGUAUCGCCUGGAUCCGGCCCAGAUGAGGCUGAGGCCGAGGUCAUGAUCAUUGACGGCGUGUUGGAUACGCCUUCGAACCAUCCAGAACGCUUAUGCAAUCUAGAGCCAAAACGAUCCAGAUUGCACGAUUGGACUAUCUGAAGACUUUCUGGUGGCGUAUGGGAAGAAAGGCAGGAUGUGCAUCUUCCGUUUGGGCCCAGAGGCGAACUGUGCUUACGCAGCUUGGUUCACAGCAAACCAACUUAUUGUAGAAGACUGUACAGGAGGGGCGUACACGAAAAAGAUAAACAACAGCUGAUCUGGUCCAAUCCACCUUCCCGGACCAGCUAACAUUCAUAGUUGAUUUCCCUAGCUAGAUGCUGUUGGCAAUUGUGGCCUGGCUUCCCGGUUUGGCAACACACAUUGCAGGAUGGCUUAUGAAUAGAUGAUCAUUGAC